AGUUACACAGAGAUUAUUAAAGCGCAUGCAUUGAUUAAAAUAAUGCUCUUGUACUAGAACUAGGUUUCGACUAGUGCUCAUUACCUCGACACUUUGACCGACUUUAUCGGUGUUCAAAAUCCAGUCGUAAUUAGAAGAUAAAGAGCAGUUUAGUAUGGACGGACAAUAUUCCCGUGAUUCUGUGAUGUUAACACCAAUGGAAAAUGAAGAUCAACCGAGAUCGUAUAAAGAGACACCAAAGGACGAGCCAGAAAUCAGGAGAGCACCAAAAGACAGAUUUGGGCUUGUGACAAUUAUCUUCAUUUUCCAAGGUCUUGGAACCCUGUACCCAUGGAAUAGUUUCAUUACAGCUGAACGGUAUUUUACAGAUCACAAAUUUGCUAAUGUUAGUGACAGCGUGGAUUUCAAGGACAACUUCACCCUAUAUGUCGCCUAUGGAAACUUCACUCCAUACAUUUUCUUCCUAUUCCUUUCACUCUUCUUCCCAACAAGAACAUCUAAGAUAUGGUGUUUUGCUGGAUUGGUGAUGAUGUUCUUCCUCUUUAUCAUCACGACAUUUCUGGCUAUAUUAGACACAUCACAAUGGCCGGGAAUGUUCUUUUGGAUAACGAUGAUUACUAUUGUGCUAUUCAGUGCUUCUGCUGCCAUUUAUCAAUCAGGGUUAUAUUGCCUCCUUGCCAAACUACCUCCUAAUUACAUCCAGAGUUACCUCGUCGGACAGGGCUUCGGCGGAACUUUUGUUGCUAUCGCUGCAAUCAUUUCUAUAGCAAUUGCUGGUACUCAAAGAAGUGCGGCAGUCGGCUACUUUACUACUGCUGUUGUUGUUCUUUUUAUAUGCAUCGUCUCUUAUUGUCUUCUCUACAAAAUGACAAUGGUGAAGUAUCAUCUCGGUGUAGCCAGAGGAAACGAAGCCGCUGAUGAAAUCAACAAAGCCGCUUCUGGUCUUGUAGAUAACAGCUCUCGAUCACAAUGCUGUUUAACAUCUAUCAAUUUGGCACAGAUAUUCUGGGAUAUAAAAAUGCAAAUUUUCAAUAUCUGGAUGACGUUCUUCGUGACGCUCUCUCUGUUUCCUGGGGUCUUGGUAGAGAUUCAGUCAUCGAAUGACCACAAGUCAGAGUUUGUUGACCUUUACUUUACACCCCUUGUCUGCUUCUUAACUUUCAAUUUUGGUGAUUUCUUGGGAAGUCUCAUUCCCGGAAUACCUCGCCUUAGAUGGAAAUUCCCUCGUCUGACGUGGAUUUGGGUGACCUUGCGUCUGGUGUUCGUUAUAUUCAUCUUUUGCAACUACCGCCCUGAUCGUCGAACUCUACCCAUAUGGAUCGACAACGACAUCGGGUAUGCCAUCCUCGUCGUCAUUUUCUCGCUCUCUAACGGCUACCUCAAAACCAUUAUCAUGAUGGAUGGUCCAAGUUCUGUCUCUAACCCGACUUGGGCGAGCAAAGCAGCAUCCAUGAUGGCAUUUUUCCUGAUCCUGGGGAUAUUUUGUGGUGUACAGUUUUCGCGCUUUUUUCCCUGGAUCGUCACCAUUUGACCUCUGAAUGUUCGACCGGGAUCUUCUUCCUCUUCAUCAUUUUAUUUUCAGGUCUAUAAAAAAUCUGGAAUAUUUUAUCUCUUUCUUUCUAAGAUGGAGGCAAUGUUUUACCGUUUUGUAUAACUGAAUUUAAGACUUAUAUACGAUGUCCACCGACACCUCUUCCAGUAAAGUAGAAUUAUUAUCAUCGUCACUCCGACGCCUCUAUACGUAUGCAAAGGAUGGGAGAGAAGAAGCGUAAGGUGGAAAAUAGAGAUAUUGACGAUGUAUUUUAUGGUAUUUUACUGAAAUAUAUAAACCUUUGAGGAAUAUUGAUCACAGUCACGCAACAGGAGUGAAACUUGUGAUUCAUAUUAGGUACAAAAAGUUUAGUUAUGAUUCGAUUAUUUAGACAAAACGGCAAACG